AUUUCCCAAUACAUAGAGCCACAAGUCAUCAGUACCUAUAUGAGUCAUUAUUAUUACUAUUUAUAGGUUAGGUUAUUAUGACUGACCGUUAGGAGAGAGUAAACUCCAAAAUCUAACCCUCUCACCAUAAGAAUAAGAUGAUCAAGUUCAAUUUCCUUAGAAGUUGCAAUUUCAUCACUUUGUGUAUGGUUGCUAUGGAAGCUCCAAUAUUGGCAUUGCCUCGCUUCUUCAAAGUGAUUCAUGAUCACGAGCAACAAAAAGAAACAAGGAUUCCCAAGGCUGUUGCGGACAAACAUUGGAAAGGGUUAUCAAACCCUAUAGUUCUUAAACUCCCAAAUGGUGAUGAUGGAUGGAAAAUAUUUUGGGAGAAACGUGAUGAUGGUAUUUGGCUUCACGAGAAUUGGGAAAAAUUUUCAAAGUUGUGCUCGUUAAGAUUUGGAUCUCUUUUAGUGUUUGAUCAUAAAGGUGCAUCAAGUUUCCAGGUUUCAAUCUUUGAUCCCAACACUAUAGAACGCACAUAUGAUAGUGAAGGUAGACAUGAUCAUGAUUCUGUUCAGAUUCUGGAAACACCACCGCUUAAGAAAAAGAAAACUGGGUCAAAUGGUGAACCUGAGAGUCCUCCAUCUGAAAGGACAAAAAAUAACGGCAAGAGAAAAAUCAAUGUGGACAUUGAUGCUACCCAACAAGAAGUCUCAGAUUCAGGAAAUCCAAACAUGAAAUCAGAUAAAUUUGAGAUUACUGUAAAUACAAAUUACCCGAACAUACCACAAGAAUUCAUGAAGAAACAUAACACGAUUCAUGGAAAUUAUGUGAAGUUGAAAGUAGAGAAAAGUUCUUGGGAUGUGAAAGUGUUAAAAUAUCUACGACUCACUAGGUUCUCUGAUGGUUGGCGUGCAUUUGUGAAAGAAUGCGAAUUGAAUGUUGGAGACACUUGUGUGUUUGAGAUGGUGGAUGAGAAAAAACUUGAGUUGCAGGUUACAAUCAAUAAAUGCCACCGCUGAGCACUAGCUAGGUGUUCUUCAUGCUAAUUACUCUAUCAUGAUCAUGGACUAAAUGUUUAGAACAUUAAUUUCUGUAUCUUUCAAUUAAUUUUGCAAGCAACUAUGUCAUAUAUGAACUCUGAACAAUAUCAUAUCAGCUAAUCACUACAAAAAAAAAACGCUAUUUAGUGGGGUUAUUUAGCGGGGGUUUUGAUAACCUCCGUAAAUGUGGGUAAUUUUUAAUAGUUAAGGGGGGUUUUAAUAACCCCCGCAAUUUUUUUAUUCAUUAACCCUCUCACUCUCGCACUCUCACUCUCAGAACUCUCACUUCUCAGUCUCGUUCUCGUUCUCGUUCGCCAUGGAAGCUCACGAUUUCAAGCGAUUUCCACCGAUUUGUUCUCGUUUUGAACCUAUUGAUCUCGUUUUCCACCGAUUUCCACCGAUUGCAACUUGAUUUCCGCCGAUUUCAACCUCCACAGAUUUCAACCACCGCACACCGCCGUAGCAACAGUCUCCUCCACCGUCGUUCUCUCUGCCAUUUUCUCAUGGAUCCAUCGCUCAGAGACUCAACAACUUCUACUCCGUCGCAUGCUGCAUUCUCUGGUACCGAUUUUUUCUUAAUUAACCUAUUCAGAUUUCUAAAUUAGGUUUUCAUUAGUUGAUUUGGGAAAUUGGGUCUGGUUUGCAAGUCAGAUUAAGUGGGUAGUUGUUACUGGUUUGAGGAGUUUGUUCCUCUUGGGUUUGUUGAUUAAGUGUGCACUUGAACAGGUUUUUGUGUAUAGUAGAAUUGAUCGUUAUGCAGAUGUGAAACUCCAGAUAUUCUAUAUGUA